AUGGGUAGAGCGCCUAUUCUCUCUCUCUCCGAGCAAGCUCAAGUGGAUGUGAUGCGUCAGUUGGGGUCUUCUCUUCAUGCAAUGGCUCGUCUCAUCAAGAAAAGUCGCUCAAUCCGCCGCUACUUGGAAAACCCGCCCGACUAUGGAAAGAAGCUGAAACAACUAAAAGGACGAUGCAGGAAGCUCGACAAUCGCGGAGAGCGUGUAAUCAUCAAUGCUGCGUCCAACUCGCCGAAGAGCCUCAACCAAAUCAGAAGAGAGAAUGGUCUCAAAGUCUCCAAAACUACUGUCCACAACGUCAUCAAGCGCUCUGGUAUAAUCGUCCGUCAGAAGAUGAUCAAGGUUCCCAAAUUGACUGACGAGCACAAGAAAAGAAGGCUCGAUUUUGUGAGACGGAACUUGUCAACGAAAUGAGAGAAUGUGAGUUUGCUUAUCUUGUUUUUUCCUCUGAACGUUUACGUUUAGAUUCUUUUUUCGGAUGAGAAGAAGUGGAAUCUCGAUGGCCCUGAUGGCAACAGAAGCUACUGGAGAGAUCUCCGCAAAGACCCUCAGCUCUUCUCGAAGCGCAAUUUCGGCGGCGGCUCCUUGAUGGUUUGGGGAGGUUUCUGCAACGGGCAGAAGAUGGAUCUCCAAUUUAUAACGACACGUGAGACCUCCCUCUCCUACCAGGCGACGCUCCAGAAAGCCAUUAUUCCUUUUUUCCGAAACCGACGUCGCACUCACACCUUCCAACAGGACAAUGCCUCGAUUCACAAGAGCAGGUCUACUUUGGACUGGCUGGCUGCCAAAAAGAUCAAGGAUCUCGAGUGGCCGGCAGUCAGCCCAGACCUCAACCCUAUUGAGAAUCUCUGGGGACUUCUGGCACGUCGAGUUUAUCGAAAUGGAAGACAGUUCAACACGAUCCAAGAUCUGAAGGACGCCUUGAAAGCGGAAUGGAACAACGUGACCGGCGCGGAAUUGAAGAAAUACGUAGCCAGCAUGCCGAAUCGGAUGUUCGAAGUGAUCCAAAAGAACGGAGGAGAAACAAGUUACUGAUAUUUCUUACUUUUAUGCAUUUUUUUUUGUUUUUUUUUUCUUCAUUUUUGUUGUAAAUCCCAAUAAAUACGUUAUUUCGGAGGAAAAUUUGAAAAAAAAAUUUCUCAGUCGAUUUUCGUGGACAAUUUUUUGAGGAAUAGAGUGAAAUUGAUGAAAAACAAGAAAAAACCUUGAAAAAUUUGAGUUUGUCUGUGAAAAUUUCAAAAAAAGUCGUCGGCGCAUGAAAUUCGCCAGGUGGUCCUAUCCUUAUUGAACGGUCAAAAAACAGACUUUUCGAUGGUUCUCUGGUGAAACAAGGGGUGAAUGGACCAAAGUUUGGCCCUGGGGGUUAUUUUGUAUUCUGGAUCGAACUGCAUUCACAGAUUUUCGAUAACGUUUUUGGUUUUGCCAGGAGGUCCAAAAUCAGGGGGGGUCCUAUCCUUAUUGAACGCAGUGUAGCUUCAAAAUCACUCGUCACGACCUAGAUUUCCAAAUAGCUUCAGACUCCCUACUCACUCAUCACGGCCUAGAUUUCCAAAUGGACAACAAAAGGAUUGUUCAGAAAAUCACUAUUAUAAUCAAAACAGCCUUGAUUCCGGUAGGAGCUCAAAAUUCAGAUCCUUGUAAAACUUUUAAAUUAUCAUGGCCUAUAUUCCCAAAUAUAUCUUAAAUGAAAAACUUUCGAGAUGCCUGUGAAAACUCCAAACUCAAUGAAAAAGGCUUAGAUUCCCAAAUAAACCUUGAAAACGAUGUUUCUGUGAAGCUAUUCAACUAUUCCUUACACGACCUAGUUUUCCAAAGACGUUUGCAUUUUCAGGUCGUCAAACCCGGCCUAGAUUUCCCAAAAAAACUGGAAUUUUUCAAAGAAUCAGUGGAAAUUACAGACUCCCUAGUAACCUUCCUUUAGAACGAUUUUUUCACGGCCUAGUUUUCCGAAAAUUCUUGCACUUCCAGGCCGUACAUGAUAAACAUGGCCUACACAUUCAAAAAAAUGAUGACAAAAAAAAAGGAUUUUUCGAAGAAUCAGUGGAAAUCACAGACGACCUCCCUUUAGAACGAUUUCUUUCACGGCCUAGUAUCUCAAAAUUUUGCACUUCCAGACCGUAUACGAUAAACAUGGCCUGGAAACCCAAAAAAAAAAACUGGGAGGUUUAAAAAAAAAACCAGUAGAAAUCACAGAUUCCCUAGUAACCUUUCUUUAGGACGAUUCCUUCCACGACCUAGUAUUCCAAAAAAUUUUGCAUUUCCAGGUCGCCUACGACACUCCGGAAUCAGCCAUCUAUAUGCUUCAGAAGAUCGUCGCCAAUUACAACAAGUGA